AGAAGAGAUCCGGUACGAUUGAGACGCGACGUCUGGUACGGUAAGUGUCACCCGGACGCGCUACCAGGGGGUCAGGAAAAGUCUGGGAAAAAACUCUGUCCGAAUUUUAUUUACUGUAUUUAUUCUUCCCAAAAUAUCCCCCGGGUUCUCUGGACUGGUCACGAUUUUUCUCCCAGGUGCCGCACCAAAGUACCCCGCAAUUGUCGUGAUCGCAUGACCCGUCACGACUUUGAACCUGUCAUGAAUAAUCGCCGCUUUUGUGUCUCACCGCCCCCUUUUAUUGCGGGUUGCGGUUGUAUAAAACCGGGAUGCGUUUCGGGGUUGCGACUUCAGUGGCUCUCUGGUCACCGACGUGUCGCUCGCUCUGGGCUCCGUUUUCGACAACAGAAUCUAGAGACUCGGAAAAUUAUUCCCUUCUGAUUUCUUGCUGAGAAAUUUGUUCAUUUUCAUCAGUUUUUUUCUUGUUGUUGCUGGAAUACGGUUCAAGAAGGAAAAGUAAUUGCUGGAAUUUUGAGGAUGUGUUUUAAUUGAAAUCUUUCUCUGGCACAGCGCCGGAAAAGGCCUCAGAGAAAAGUGUGGGAGUGUGUCUCACGGUUUUCUGAUACAGGUAACUGUGAGGUAGUGAAAGUGAGACAUGUAAAAGACAAAAAAGAGGGAGAAGGUGUGGUAAAAAAGAGGUGGAGAGAGAGUGUGUGUGGAAGAGCAUGGAGUGUGUGUGAGGUGCUCUGGAAUCCUUAGCUUCCCAGGCUACUGAAACACUUGGGAGUAUGUUGGGAGGAAAAAUGUUGCACCUGUCCCAACUGGUCUGGGUUGGUUCCCUGCUGACUGCUGUGGGAGCGACACCUGUGGCUGAUGGAACCACUCCUGUUCCUGGAGUUGAUGACACUGAGAAGCAGCACCAAGCCAUCAAUGAAGAGAUGUCAGAGGUGCAGAAGUUGUCAAGGGCACACUUUGACUUCACUCUGGAGCUCUACUCACUGUUGGUUGGGGACUCUGGGGACUCAAGGGGAAACCUGCUGUUGUCCCCCUACAGUCUUACCAGUGUACUGUCCAUGUUGUACCUGGGGGCUGGUGCCAGGUCCAACACCUCCUUGCAGCUCAGAAAUGGGCUGAGCUAUCAUAACCUGUCAUACUCUGAGGUUCACAGAGGGUUCAGACAGGUGGUGAAGAAUUUUGAAGAGCCCUAUUAUGAAGGGGUUGUGGAGGCUGCCAAUGCCAUGUUCCAGCAACAAGGGAUCCCAGUGUCAUCCUACUACUCCAAGGCCCUGGAAGAGUUCUACCACUCUGAGCUGGAUGAACUGGACUUUGCACAUAAUGAGCCAGCUGCCAGGGAGAGGAUCAACAAGUGGGCCAGGAAGAAGACCAGGGGGAAGAUUAGGCAUUUGAUAGCCAGACCUCUGGGGCUUGAAACAAAGCUCAUCCUGGCCAAUGCACUGUACUUCAGAGGAAAGUGGUUGUACCCUUUCAACAGAGCCUUAACCUUUGACAAGGGUCUUUUCUAUGUCACCCAGCAAGAAAGCUGUUGGUUACAUUCAUUCCAGUCUUGUGUGGUGAUUAGGUAUGAGAUACCAAUGAUGAUUGGCAAGCUGAAGGUGCCCAUGGGCAGCAGUCCAACCAUGGAGUGCCAAGUCCUUGAGCUGCCUUUCAAAGACAGGAGAAUUUCCAUGUUCAUAUUCCUGCCUGAUGAUGUUGACAAGGGUCUGAGCAAGCUUGAGGCUAGCCUGACUUCUGAGACCAUCAAGAAGCUUUUCUCCACAUUGAAGGAUGAAACAGUGAAUGUGAGACUACCAAGGUUCAAGAUUGAAGAAAGCACUGAGCUGAAGGCUGCUCUUGAAGGCCUGGGGAUUCUUGAUGUCUUUGACUCUUCCAAAGCAGAUUUCACUGGAAUGUCCUCUGCAAAUGGAGUCCAUGUCUCAGAUAUAUUCCACAAAGCUGCUUUUGAAGUAAAUGAAGAAGGUGCAGAAGGAGGAGCAGCUUCAGCUAUGGGCCUUGAAAGAAUCGGUUCCUUUGGCGAGAAAUAUUUUGAAGUGGACCAUCCAUUCAUCUUCAUUAUAUGGGACUACUACUCUGGCAUGGUCUUGUUCUUUGGCCGCGUUGUGAAACCCGCAGCGGUGACAUCUACCACAGUUUGAACACAACCUUGCGUAUUUAUUGCCGUCUUGGCUCCCCAGGGAGCGAAUCAAGUUUCCCAGUGAUUUCUCAAAAAUGGAAGGAAAAAUAGGCCAUUGUACAAAUUCGCUGUUGUAUUUUUCUUUCUUCUGCUACAAAAGAAAAUUCCACGUUGAAUUGUUGAAAUAGCGGGAUUGUUUUUUUUUUGUGCGAGGAAUAAGUCCGGGGAUGAGAAAUAAAGAAAAUGUUUGAUGAUGAACA